GCUCAGGGAGGGGAGUAACGCCCCGCCCAGCCCGUGGCGAGGCAGGCCCAGGGAGCCGCCCUUCCCCUUCCCGCUGCACUCACUGGCUGCUCCUGCCGGGCUUGCCCAGGCUCUGGUCUCUCCUUCCCCGCUCCCCCCUGACUGCCUGCGUCUCCGGCCCGCUUCCCGCCGCUCCGCCCGUCCCUGGCGGCACCAUGUUUCGCUUCCUGCGGGGCUUGGUGCUCCCCGAGGCUGCCUGCGAAGAAGCCAACAACAGCUCCAGGUACGAGAACCUCUUCAAGAAGCUGGACCUCAAUGAAGACGGGAGAGUGGACAUCGCCGAGCUCCAUGCGGGCCUUAAAGCCCUGGGCAUCCCCCUGGGCAAAGAUGCAGAAGAGAAAAUUUUUAAAACUGGAGAUUCUAACAAGGAUGGGCAGCUGGACUUCAAAGAAUUUAUGCAGUACCUUAAAGACCAUGAGAAAAAAAUGAAACUAGCGUUUAAGAGUCUGGACAAAAACAAUGAUGGAAAAAUUGAAGCGUCAGAGAUUGUCCAGUCUCUCAAGAUAUUGGGUAUAAAUAUUUCAGAACAACAGGCGGAAAAGAUUCUAAAAAGCAUUGAUGCUGAUGGGACAAUGUCAGUGGACUGGAAUGAAUGGCGGGAUCACUUUUUAUUUAACCCAGCUACAGACAUUGAGGAAAUAAUCCGUUAUUGGAAACAUUCUACUGUGUUGGAUAUAGGAGAUAGCUUGACUAUCCCAGACGAAUUCACAGAGGAAGAGAAAAAGUCUGGGCAGUGGUGGAGACAGCUGUUAUCAGGAGGAGUGGCUGGUGCCGUCUCUCGAACAGGUACAGCACCAUUAGAUCGCCUUAAAGUCAUGAUGCAGGUUCAUGGUUCAAAGUCAAAUAAAAUGAAUAUAUCAAGUGGCCUUAAGCAGAUGGUGAAAGAAGGAGGCAUCCGUUCCCUUUGGAGGGGAAAUGGUGUGAAUGUUAUUAAAAUCGCACCUGAAACUGCUAUUAAGUUCUGGGCAUAUGAACAGUAUAAGAAGAUAUUUGCUAAUGAAGAUGGAAAGAUAGGGACCGUUGAAAGAUUUGUAUCUGGUUCUUUGGCUGGGGCAACAGCACAAACCUCUAUUUAUCCCAUGGAGGUCUUAAAGACCAGACUGGCUGUGGGUAAAACAGGACAAUACUCUGGGAUGUUUGACUGUGCUAAGAAGAUUUUAAAAAGAGAAGGGUUGAAAGCCUUUUACAAAGGUUAUGUACCCAACAUUCUGGGCAUAAUUCCUUAUGCUGGUAUAGACCUGGCUGUCUAUGAGGCUUUGAAGACUGCUUGGCUAGAUCGUUAUGCAUCAGACUCUGCUAACCCUGGUGUCUUUGUGUUGCUCGGAUGUGGUACUGUCUCCAGCACCUGUGGUCAGUUAGCCAGCUACCCUCUUGCUCUCAUCAGAACUCGCAUGCAGGCUCAAGCUCUGUUGGAAGGAGCCCCACAGCUAAACAUGGUUGGACUCUUUCAAAGGAUAAUUGCUAACGAAGGAAUCCUAGGACUUUAUAGAGGCAUAGGCCCAAACUUCAUGAAAGUGCUUCCGGCUGUCAGCAUCAGCUAUGUGGUUUAUGAAAAAAUGAAGCAAAAUUUGGGAAUAGCAUGAAAAGAAGGAAAAAGCUGAUAAGCCUCUAGCCUUCUCAGGAAUAUUCAAACCAAAAGGAUUUCUCAAAUAACUGGUUUGUUCUUGUUUAUAAUUGGAGAACAGAUCACUGUGCAAAGAAGCUGUGGUUUUGUUUUUUCCCCCAAGCUGGAAGGAACUGCCUUAGUUUCUAACCCCCAA